AUGGGCGAGCGGCUGACCGAUGAUAUCAUCGAUGCAUAUUGUGAUAAGUUGCAAGAAAGUAUUAACAGGGAAGUUGACGGCAUGCUUGCAAUGCAGUAUAUUCUGUUGGAGCCAGAUUCACUAAAAAACUUGAUAAGAGGUGACAAAAACGUGUGUCAAGUGAUCUAUGAUCAUUGUCGAGCGCAUUACGUGGUGUUGUUCCGAAACAAGCUCAUUCCGAGACGUGUUGUUGUCUACGAUCCCAUCGUACCACAUAAAGAUUCCGUCCGUGACACGGUGAGAAGGCGCUAUACCAUCUUCUUUUUUUUAGCCACAUUUCUGCUGUUAUCAAAUUGUUUAUUCGAAUAA